UUUAUCAACCACCCACAAAUUAGCUCCAUUAUGGAGGAAGAAGAGGAGGAAUGUUUGCAUUAUUUGACUAAAUUAGAGAUUGAAGAAUUUGAGGAUAUUAAAGCUGGUUAUAAAAUUAAGUUUACAUUUGAUGUCAAUCCUUAUUUUGAAAAUACUGAAAUUUUCAAAGAAUAUAAUUGGUCAGGUGCUGACCCGCGUUGUUCUUCUACUCCAAUCCAAUGGAAACCGGGAAAACAAAAGCAAUUAAUGAAUGGUGCUGGAAAGAAUGGUGCAGAAAAUAGAAGCUUUUUUAAAUGGUUAUGUGAAGAAUCUGAUCCAAUGGCUGAUGAUAUUGCUGAAGUAAUUAAAGACGAUAUUUGGCCAAAUCCACUUCAAUAUUAUUUGGCACCAGAAGUUGAGGCAGCUGACGAAGAAGGGUGUGAAGAAGACGAUGAUGGUGGUUUGACUGAGGAAUAUGGUGGAUAUGAAGAUGGAAAUGGUAAUUUUGGGGGUGAAUAGAAAUUUUAAAGUAAAUUUGGUUUUUUUGAGAAAUUCAAUCCUCCUCUAUUUUAUUGGUUUUAACAGUUCUAUUUUUAAAAUACCAAAAUAAAUAUAUUUUGAUUAAUUAAUUGUAUUUUUAGAAUUAAAUAAAUAAACAGAACAUUAAAAAUUGACCUCCUCUUUCCCUACAUUCAUCUGCAUAUUUUUGCAUUUUUUGUCAAGUUUAACAUUCUCUCCCAUUUUUCUUGCUUUUUCUGUUAUGGGAAUAUUUAAUAAACUAUUUA